UUGCUGUUUUGCUUAUGGACACAUAGGGUACAUUCCAAGCCAGAUCAACUCCGAGGGAAAAUACUGUCAUUUUUGCUCUCAGUAUCCUUAUCAGCUCUGUUCAGAUUUUUAACGUGCAAAGAGCAAUUCAGGAAGAUCAGCUUCAGGAUCUGUUGUUCUUCGCAAGUUAUGGAAAUUUAGCAACUCAAAGUAGUUCUGCAAUUUCAAAUGAGUUCCACUUAUUCCAGAGAUUGAUAUUCCUUAUUCGUGACUGGUAGUGGCCUGGACGUCAUUCAUACGGUCGUGAUGGUGGUAGAAACUACACUGAGGAUAUGUUACAGAGCAUUCAUAACCCAUCUGAGGAGACACGGGAUUUGCGACAAAGGCUCUCUUCGUGUUUUAACUUGAUUGAAGGGUUUCUUCUGCCAGAACCCGGAGAACAAGUCCGAGUAAAUGAAACAUUUGACGGAUCAAUACCAGACAUCGGCGAACAUUUCAGAAAUCAUAUCAAAGACUUUGUAGAAUUUGUGCUACAUGUACCAUUAAAUAUCCGGGAUACAAAACGCAUAUGCAGCAAUGAGGUGAGCGGCGAGGAACUGAAGACAUACAUCAAAGAAUUCGUGGAGAUGUUUCAAGGAGAUCAAUUGCCAGAACCACCAACAAUCCUGGAGGCUAUGGAGACGAUGGCUGAAAAUAAAGCAUUUAACGAUGCUGUUUGGUUAUACCAAAGGAAUAUGGAAGAGAUUUUUACAACAGACAAUGAUGGCAAUAUAAAUGUAGUGGAAAAAGAUUUUUUUAUGGAAAGACAUAACACAUAUCUCCAGCAAGCCAUGGAUCUUUACAGAAAUCGCACUUCUUUGAUGGUUCUUGACAGAGAUAGAAGUGGAGAACUUCGAGAAAAUAUACUGGAGAUUUCUGGACGAUUUGAGCAGACAGUCAAUACGCUUUUACAAAAUCAACACGACAAAAUAAGACUGAAACUGUUAGUCGUUGGAGCACUUGGUUUAGCUGGUAUAGGCAUAGGUGUAGGAGUUACUGAAGGAAUAGCUGCUGCACCAGCAAUUACUGAGUUCGUUUCCGGAAUGACCUCGGAACAAAUAAUAACAAGUAUUACUGCAUUUACAACAGCACUUCUGAAUAGGCGCUGAUUUCUUCCUUUUUUUUCUUUUUUAAAUCAUUUUUUAUACAAUGGAAUAUUUACAACGAAUAGUAUAAGAAAUGAAAGAAUCAAUAGUAAUUAUACGGAAUUUUCAUAGAAGAUUACAUUAAAAUUUAGUAAAAGCUAAUUGCAAGGACAAUAAGAAAGACUUGCUCCCUUCUCUUUCACCAGGGAGAUUUAUUCUGCACCAAUGAUAGCACACAGUUGUCAAUGUUAUUUGAUAUUUAAAACAAUAAACUGAAUAUUUUGUACUGUU